AAAUCAAAGUAUUACUGUACUAUGCAAUCGAAACUAUUGCUGACGGUCAACGUCCAGCGAAAGUAAACAUGAGUUUUAAUACAGGAAGAAAAGUUGAGGUAGACAAUUCUUAGUUUCUUAAAAAUAAUGUACACGUUGACGUAUGGAAAUAUUAUUCGUGGAAAGCGCAAUCCUGACCCUCGGUGAGCAAGUUGACUUGGAAACUCUCUUGCUUUCUAACGCUCUCACGCAACAUUUUAAUUUUUAAUACGCGCAAGCGCAAGCGAUGGACGAAUUUACUUUACUGGCAACUCUUAUUCGCAGCGGUCAGUCGCCAUUCAGUUUGCGUAAAGUUUUCACGUAAGCUCGACAAGAAAAUGUUGCGCAACGAGCAUUAUAAAGAUGACAUAGUUUACAUUACACAAUUGACGCGUACUGUUUUGUAUCUACUCGGAGUUUGGCCUGCUUACAAAAGAAGAUCUACGAGCGAAAAAGUUUGGAAGUACUUUUUGAUCGUGAUCUCUUAUGCUCUUCUUUUCUGCGUUCUGAUUCCCGGUGCUCUCUUCUGGUUAAUUGAGAAGAGAACACGCGUCAGGCUUCAAACAAUCCCUUUACUUCUCUUUGGUUUCACGGCCAGUGGUAAAUAUGGCAAUUUGAUAAUCCACGAGAACAGUAUCAGACGCUGCUUAAAGCACAUCGAGGAAGAUUAUAAGAGCAUUCGCAGCGAAAAGGCACGAAACACAAUGAUCGAAUCCGCAAAGAUCGGAAGACGGCUGGUCAUACUUUGCGCGAUCUUCAUGUACGGUAGCGGACUCUCUUUUCGAUCAAUUUUACCAUUUGCCAAGGGAAAAAUCGUCACUGCGCAAAACGUCACGAUCAGACCUCUGCCUUGUCCGGGUUACUUUCUUUCCUUUGAUGUACAAAUUAGUCCCGCUUACGAGCUGGUCUUCGCAAUACAAGUAUUAUCUGGUUUAGUUACUUAUUCGAUAACAACAGGUUUAUGUGGCCUCGCGGCAGUUUUUGUGAUGCAUGCCUGCGGUCAGCUAAAGAUUCUGAUGAAUCUGAUGAGAAAUCUCGUCGAGGAACAAUGGCAAGAAAAACGUGAAGUAAAUAAGAAGUUGGCUGUAAUGAUCGAACAUCAAAUAAGAAUUCGAAGUUUUUUGCAAUCGGUAGAAACUACUCUACAACAAGCGUGUCUAAUGGAAUUGACAGGGUGUACGGCGGUAGCCUGUCUUCUAGGAUAUUUUAUAAUAAUGGAAUGGGAAAAUAGCAAUUCGAUAGCUAUGUGUUCCUACUUUACAGCACUUGUGUCGAUGAUGAUAAAUAUGUUCAUGUUUUGUUACACUGGUGAGCAACUUACUGUUCAGGCAGAGAAAGUAGCUAGAACAUCUUGCGUGCUGGAGUGGUAUCGUCUUCCAAAAAAGGAGGCGCGCGGAAUCGUGCUAAUAAUAAUCAUGUCAAACAUGCCUAUGAAGAUCACUGCUGGGAGGAUUAUGGAUCUGUCAUUCAAGACAUACGGCGAUGUAAGCAUAUAUGUUCAAAACCAUUCAUUAAUUUUAUUUUUUAAAUUAGCAAAAUUAAAUUCGCACUACAAUUAAAUUCUAGUGUAACGCACCUGU